GCCACCGAAGUGGAAGCAGUUCCCUGUUUCAGGCGAAAAGAAAACGUAUUUUGGAAGAAAUAGUCUGCAAGACAGAAGCUAUAGCGAGGAAUGGCCUCUGCUAACACUUCCUGGUCUGAGGGGGACUUUUCAUGUUCCAUCUGUCUGGAUGUGUUCAGCCGUCCAGUUACCACACCAUGUGGACACAACUUUUGCAGAACCUGUAUUACAAAGUUCUGGGAUGACAAAGUCAAGUACAAAUGUCCUGUUUGCAACAAGAUUUUCGACAUGAGACCUGAUUUACAGGUCAAUACCCUCUUAUCAGAGCUGGCUGCUCCGUUUAGAACGUCCGUACAAGUAAAAGAGCAGCCUUGUGUUGAACCAGGAGAAGUUCCCUGUGACGUCUGUACUGGGACCCAGCUGAAGGCUGUGAAGUCCUGCCUAGUAUGUUUUAUCUCUUACUGCCAAACCCACCUGGAGCCACAUCAGAGAGUCCCACGCCUGAAGAAACACCGUCUGGUCGAGCCUAUGGACCGUCUGGAAGACAGGGUGUGUAAGAAACACGACCGACUUCUGGAGCUCUUCUGCAAGACUGAACAGGUGUCUGUAUGUCAGUUCUGCACAGAGACAGACCACAAGUCCCAUCCUGUUGUACCUCUAAAGGAGGAAUAUGAAGUGAAGAUGGCCCAGCUGGGGAAGAUAGAGGCUGAAGUUCAGCAGAUGAUCCAGGAGAGACAAAAUAAUAUUCAGGAGAUUAAAGACACAGUUAAACACAGCAAAGCAGACGCAGACCGAGAGAUAGCCGAUGGUGUGCAGGUCCUCACUACUCUGAUGCGCUGCAUUGAAAAGUGCCAGGAUGAUCUCAACCGAAUGGUUAAAAAGAGACUGAAAUCCACUGAGAAACAAGCUGAAGACCUCAUCAAAGAGCUGGAGCAGGAAAUAGAAGAUCUGACCAAUAGAAGCUCAGAGGUGAAGCAGCUCUCACACACUAAAGACCACCUCCACUUCCUCCAGGCCUUCAGAUCCCUGAAGGAUCCUCCACACACCAGGGACUGGACGACGGUGGAGGUCCGUCCUCCGUCAUACGUAGGGACCUUCAUGAGAUCCCUGGAUCAGCUGGAGGAGACACUGAACAUGGAGAUGAAGAAGCUGCGUGAUGCUGAACUGAAGAGGGUCCAGCAGUAUGAAGUAGAUGUGACUCUGGAUCCUGAUACAGCUCAACCCCGUCUCAUCCUGUCUAAGGAUGGGAAACAAGUAUAUGAUGGAGGUGUGGUGAAGAAUCUCCCAGACAACCCUAAGAGAUUUACAAGGUUUAUAUAUGUCCUCACGAGGCAGAGUUUCUCCUCAGGGCGAUUUUACUUUGAGGUCCAGGUUAAAGACAAGAGUGGAUGGUGGUUAGGAGUGGCCAGAGAGUCCAUCAACAGAAUAGGUGAGACCAUGUGGACCCCUGAGACGGGUUACUGGAUUCUUCAAUACGGCAAGGAUGGGUUGGUAUUUAGAGAUAACCCUUCAGUCUGUCUCCCUCUGAGUGCUGAGCUCCAGAAGGUGGGGGUGUUUGUUGAUUAUGAUCAGGGUCUGGUCUCCUUCUAUGAUGUGGAAGCCAGGGUUCAUCUCUACUCUGCAACUGGCUGCACCUUUAGUGAGCCUCUCUAUCCAAUCCUCUGCCCAAGUCGCUUUAAAUAUGAAGGUAUAAACUCUGCCCCACUGAUCAUCACACCUGUCAAUCAAACAGACUAGGACCUUUGUUUGAUAAUAAAAUAAUCAAGCAACUAAUGUUACCUGAAUUAGAAUCUCUACUAUGUGAGAACUGAGGGAACUGUAUCAUACUGUUGGAGAAUUUCAUCAAGCAACUAACAUAAAACAAACAUAAUGUAACCUAUAUUAUGAAUUAUAAAAUGACUGUGGUUCAAUGUCUGUUUUCUCCUGGAUUUUUUUUAAGUUUUAUAAUAUCAAAUGGUUAAAGGUUGCAUUCAAGUAACAUGUUGAAAAUGUUAAAGUUGCAUUUUUAUCAAUACAUUUUUUAACAAAGCAAUUUUUGUAGUUUAUUUUUCCGAAUAAAG